CCCAAACCCCGGCCUCCAUUCUCUCUUCCCUACCUGCCCGGGCCACCUCCGCCCGCCCAACCUUCCACCCUCGGGCCUUUUGUCCUGCCGCGAGGCCUUGCGGUUACCGCCGGCCUCCGCGCACCCCGGCCGGGACAGGUUUCUUACGCGAGGCCGGGGAUCCGCGGCCUACCCGUCCCUUCUCACUCGCUUCUCUCCCUACUCCCCCAUCCCUCCCAAACCCACCCACCCCCUCCCUCGACCCCCCCCAAGUGUCUCCUUCCCCGCCUCGGAGUCGGCGAGGGGCGAGCCCCCACUUUCCCCCCCUCCACUGCCACCGCCCCCCCUCCCAACCUCCCCCCUCCUUUCCCCUCCGCCCUUCUCUCCCGCCUGGAGCCCCGGGUGCCCGCAGCGGCGGCGGCGGCGCUCGGUUUACGAGAGGCCGCGGAGCCGCCCCUGGCCUCCCCCCCUCCCGCCCGUGCUGCCGCCGCCGCAGCAGGUUCCCUCCCUCCCUCCUUCCUCCUCCUCCUCCUCCUCCUGCCCCCGGCGGCGGCGGGAUCCGAGCGGUGCCCGGGGAGCGCUGGGCCCGGGCAGGAGGGGAGAGGAACGGCGGGGCGGCGGCAGGAGCAGCAGCACCAGCAGCAGAAAUGAUGGAAGAAUUGCAUAGCCUGGACCCAAGAAGGCAGGAACUCCUGGAGGCCAGGUUCACUGGAGUUGGGGUUGCUAAGGUUGGUGCUUCAAAUUCCCUCCCUACCCCCCCAAGCCUCCGUCCGUCAUGCUCCGCCCUGGCAUUGAAUUCAGAAGAGCUCAAGUUCCCUUGUCUCAAGGGUCCAUUAAAUAGUGAGUCUUCCAACCAGAGCUUGUGCAGCGUGGGUUCCCUGAGUGAUAAGGAAUUGGAGACUCCUGAGAAAAAACAGAAUGACCAGCGGAAUAGAAAGAGGAAAGCAGAAGCAUAUGAGACCAGUCAAGGAAAAGGCACUCCUAGAGGACAUAAAAUUAGUGAUUAUUUUGAGUUUGCUGGGGGAAGUGGCCCAGGAACCAGUCCGGGUAGAAGCGUGCCGCCUGUCGCCAGGUCCUCCCCUCAGCAUUCCUUGUCCAACCCCUUGCCGAGGCGAGUGGAGCAGCCUCUGUACGGGGUAGAGGGCAGCACAGCAAAGGAACCCCAGGAGGAACACUCUGCUCUGCCAACCCUGAUGUCGGUGAUGCUGGCGAAACAGCGGCUGGAGAGUGAGCAGUUGGCACAGAGGGGAGGUGGCCUCUGUUUUACUUUUGUCUCGGCCCAGCAAGGCAGCCCAUCUUCUACUGGAUCAGGGAACACUGAGCAUUCCUGCACUUCCCAAAAACAGAUUUCCAUCCAGCACAAACAGUCACAGUCUGACCUCACAAUGGAAAAAAUAUCUGCACUAGAAAACAGUAAGAACUCUGACUUGGAGAAGAAGGAGGGGAGGAUAGAUGACUUAUUAAGAGCCAACUGUGAUUUGAGAAGGCAGAUUGAUGAACAACAAAAGAUGCUGGAAAAGUACAAGGAGAGGUUGAAUAGAUGUGUAACCAUGAGCAAGAAACUUCUUAUAGAAAAGUCAAAACAGGAGAAGAUGGCAUGCAGAGAUAAGAGCAUGCAGGAUCGAUUGAGGUUAGGACACUUCACCACCGUGCGGCAUGGGGCAUCUUUCACCGAGCAGUGGACAGAUGGCUAUGCCUUCCAGAACCUCAUCAAGCAACAAGAAAGGAUAAAUUCCCAACGGGAAGAAAUAGAAAGACAACGAAAAAUGUUAGCAAAAAGGAAGCCCCCUGCAAUGGGACAAACCCCUCCAGCCAGCAACGAGCAGAAGCAGCGCAAGAACAAGACCAACGGAGCAGAAAAUGAAACGUUAACGUUAGCAGAAUACCACGAACAGGAAGAAAUCUUCAAACUCCGACUAGGUCAUCUUAAAAAGGAAGAAGCAGAGAUCCAGGCAGAGUUGGAAAGGCUAGAGAGGGUUAGAAAUCUACAUAUCAGGGAAUUGAAAAGGAUACACAAUGAAGAUAAUUCACAAUUUAAAGACCACCCAACACUAAAUGAUAGAUAUUUGUUGCUACAUCUUCUGGGUAGAGGCGGCUUCAGUGAAGUAUAUAAGGCAUUUGAUUUAACAGAACAAAGAUAUGUAGCUGUGAAAAUCCACCAGUUAAAUAAAAACUGGAGGGAUGAGAAAAAAGAAAACUAUCACAAACAUGCAUGUAGGGAGUACAGAAUUCACAAAGAACUGGAUCAUCCUCGAAUAGUUAAGCUCUAUGACUACUUUUCACUGGAUACUGACUCAUUUUGUACAGUGUUAGAAUACUGUGAGGGGAAUGAUCUGGAUUUCUACCUGAAACAACACAAGUUAAUGUCAGAGAAAGAGGCACGAUCCAUUAUCAUGCAGAUUGUGAAUGCUUUAAAAUACCUAAAUGAAAUCAAACCUCCCAUCAUACACUAUGACCUUAAACCAGGUAACAUUCUUCUAGUCAAUGGUACUGCAUGUGGAGAGAUAAAAAUCACAGAUUUUGGACUUUCCAAAAUCAUGGAUGAUGACAGCUACAACUCUGUUGAUGGCAUGGAACUGACAUCUCAGGGGGCUGGUACUUACUGGUAUUUACCACCAGAAUGUUUUGUGGUUGGGAAAGAACCUCCAAAGAUUUCAAAUAAAGUUGAUGUCUGGUCAGUGGGAGUCAUUUUCUAUCAGUGUCUCUAUGGCAGAAAGCCCUUUGGUCACAACCAGUCACAACAAGAUAUUCUGCAGGAGAACACAAUUCUGAAAGCUACCGAGGUGCAGUUCCCUCCAAAGCCAGUAGUCACACCAGAAGCAAAGGCAUUUAUCAGACGUUGCUUGGCCUACCGAAAGGAGGAUCGGAUAGAUGUCCAGCAGCUGGCCUGUGACCCCUACCUACUGCCUCACAUCCGUAAAUCUGUAUCCACCAGCAGCCCAGCUGGAGCUGCAAUUGCAUCAACCUCUGGCUCAUCCAAUAACAGCUCUUCAAACUGAGACACAGUAAUAGGCCAAAAAACCAAACAAAAAAACACAACAAAAAAAAAAAACCAACAAAAAAAACUGCUUGAGAAACCGGCGAAAAGACUUGGAGAAAACGGCUUCGGAAUAAGAGGAAUCCACAAGGGUCUCAAGAAACCUGUACCAGGUGCUUUUUUUUUUUUUUUCUCUUGCUUUUUUUUCCAUCCAUAGAGCAUGACAACAUCAACUUUCAUCAAGAAAACCUUCAGCAUCUAGGCCAAGCCGUGGGGUGGCUUGAGGUUUAUCCAGGCAAUGCCCACAAAAGGGUGGCUGCUCUGAGCAAGGAGGGGAAACUCAAGAAAACACAAAAAGACAUGGUUCCAUGUACUGUGAACUUCUGAACAUGCAGCCUUGGGGAAUCCAGGACGCCGUGUGUGCUUCAUAUGAAGAAUGUGGACUUGGGAAAAAAAAAAAAAGACUGGGCUAGUCCAGUGUUGAUAUUUAAACAUUGUUCUUUUUCUUUUAAUAAAGUUUAGGUAACAUCUCCUGAAAAGCUCGAAGCACCAAGGUUCAGCUGGGGAUGGUAUAUGACUCUUUGCCCUUUGGAGGGGAAACAAGUUGAUCCUGCCUGUUCAUGGCACUAGAGUUAGUGUUUUACCCCUAAUUAAUUUCAGUUUUUUAAAAAUAACAAUUUUUUGGAAGAAAAAACAGUUUUCUGGUCUCAAAGCGAAACCCAUAUUAGCAGGUUGAUGGCAGUGUCCAUUCUGUGGAUGGUGCAGCUUGCUGCUCCCUUGAGGUGCCUCUUAGGAGGAAUUUACCUUCUCAGGAGGGCAGUGAAGCCCAGGGGUGGAUUUCUUGUGAUCUGAGUGAGGUAUUUCAGCUGCUGCUUCAUGGUUCUCACAACGGUUGCACCUUUUUAAUUUAUUGGGAGGGCUUUGCUUUUCUUUUUUUUGAAGACACACCCUGCCAUGCUCACCCCUUGCUCUCCUGAGCAUGAUCUCUGCUGGCUGGUGAAAAGGCAGGCAGUGAACAGGAAAGAAUAGGGGCACAGCUUCAGGUGUGAUCUGUGCUCAUGCUCUGCUGUACAGGAAAAAUCCAAAACUUGAAGGUUUGUUUGCUCUUCUCACUUGGGUGACUUGACAGCAAAGCUUCCUCUCUCUCUUAACACUUUCCUUUUCAAGCUUUUUAACUUGCUGCCAUCACUGCAUCUGAUUUCAGAUGAGAGGGAAUGAGGUAAUAUUCUAGAAGGGAGCAAACACCCUAAUUAUUACCUUUUUUUUUUUUCCUCCCUUCUGUAAUCUGCCCGGAGGGCUCUUACACCUUCAGCUGGAGUCUGCCUGCUGUGAAAUGCAAACCUCUUGUCCCCUCUCUGCCUCUUUUCCCCCCCUGUUGAAGGAAGGCUGAAAACACACCCAAGAAGCACAGCACUUGAACAUGUGGCAGCCAGGUUGGAGUGUUCCUAACAUGUGGCAGGAGUUCAGAGCCAGAAAUAUUUAAAGAUGCAGUGUUCAAGAGCAAGGUUUGUCUCAGGAGGGAGCUGAGCAGCCCACUGUUGGAUUUCAGGGUGUUGUUUAAAAAACAGAUUACCCUCUGCACACCUCCUGACCCAAUCCCCAGACCACCAUGGCAUGAACUUGUCCUCUGAGUGGUACCUCCAAGGCUGUUCCCUCUGCUCUGGCAGUGUUGGAGCUGUUUUGGGGCAUUUUCAUGGCAAUCCACCUCCUCUGUCACCCCUUUGGAGAGUUCUUGUCUGCUUUUUUUGUCUGCAAAUCUUACACUUAAACCUGAUCAGGAGCUUUAUGGUCAACUGUAAAAUGGAGGAGCCUGCUGGAAUUAAGCAAUGGAAGGGAGAAUUCUGCUGCUUUCAUUUUUAUUACUAUUUUUGUAGUGACUUUUGAGCUUUUCAUUGGACGUUUUGACUUGCAGCCACGUUAAGGUGGUCUCUAAACUCUGGUGUUUGAAAACAAGGAAAUAACUGCAUCUUUUGAAAAGAAAUAACUGCAUCUUUAAAUCUUCAGCCAUCAUUUCUUAGCCCUUUCCAUCCCUGCUGCUCUAUUCCAGAAGGUAACUGUUCAGCAAGCAGCACUUUGACAGCUCUACUCAGGCAAAAUCAGGGUUGAUGCUUCAUCCCAUUUGCUGAAAGGGAUGAUUUGAUGUCUGUCCACAUCAGGGAGAAUUCUAAAAGGGUUUUUUUUUUCUAUUCUGGUCCCAUUGUUUCUUGGCCAGCCAGUGUGUGCUAUCUCUGUGGGUGUGAUUAGUUUUGUGUCAGAUGCUUUUAUUCCUGCUGUGCAACAUCCAUCCAGGGGCCUGGGGACAGCGUUGGCCUUUCCUGGGGCUGACAGCAGUGAAGAACCCUGGUAGAAUUCUGGCUGGGACACCUACCUGGUUAAUAUGGGUUUCACUUCCAAUAACAGACCUUAUUGCCACACUGUUCAUUUACUUCAAGAAAAAUGUAUGAAGAAUUUGUAACUUCAACCAAGCCAGACUGUUUUGGCUCUACCCAACAGAUGAGACAUGGAUAUUAAAAUAAGUUUUAAGAAACUGA